AUGGCAAUCGCUAAAUUGUUUGUUAAUGAGUUGCUACUUUUCGCUCUACUUGGUACAAUAACCGAAGACGUAUUUACAGAUGCAUGUGCUGCUACUCCUGCGGCAGAUUGUGUCUGCCCUGUGGACCCAGUGGCUGACGCUGCAGUAAGCUUUAAUGGUUUCACCAAUGUAGUACGUGCGGGAACCUCUGGAGGUAACUGCUUGUACACAGCCAAUUGUGCUUGUGCUGCAGCAUCAGCAAACUGCAUUAGGUUCUUCAAUGGACCUGCCGGUACUGGUAACCAAGUUGGAACUUUUCCUGCUACAGCCGCCACUACUAUACAGUUUACUUGUGCAGAUAAUCCGACAAUGCCUUUCACUGUUACAUUCGUUAACAACGGCGUAACACAAACUAUAGCCGGGUUUUUAUCAGCAACAUGUACUCCCUAA